UGAAUGAGAUUAACGGUUUUCUCCUUUGUUAAAUUGUCAUUUCACAUUUCUUUACUAUAAAAUCCCAAAUUAGAAGAAAAAUGAACUGUUUUAUUUUUUGUCACUAAGCAUUCAGUUAUUAUUUUCCAAUAAAAUACAACAAUUAACUAAUAACUGCAGCAACUGCAAAAGUCAUAAAAGAACAUUAAAACAAACCUUCCCCUAAAGCGUACUUUUAAAUAGGUUAUAUCCAAACCCUUUCAAUGUCCAAAACAUACUCAAGAACAUUAAGCAAAAUCAAAUCUCAAAAGAAAGAAAAAAUGGAUCCCAACACAAAAACAAUUUUCUUUUUUGUAGUGUUUUUCAUGGAUUUAUUUUUUCCCAAUAUUUUACUCGUCUAUGCUCGUGAAAUCGGCAACAAACCACUAUUUACAUACAAACAAAAAACAGAAAAAGGACCAGCGGAAUGGGGCAAAUUAAACCCUCAAUGGAAAGUUUGUAGCACGGGAAAAUUUCAAUCUCCGAUUGAUCUCACAGACGAAAGAGUCAGUCUUAUUCAUGACCAAGCCUUGAGUAUACAUUACAAACCAGCUUUGGCUGUAAUUCAAAGUAGAGGACAUGACGUUAUGGUAUCGUGGAAAGAAGAUGCAGGAAAAAUAACAAUACAUCAAACGGAUUAUAAAUUGGUGCAGUGCCAUUGGCAUUCACCGUCUGAGCAUACCAUUAACGGAACUAGUUACGACCUAGAGCUUCACAUGGUUCACACGAGUGCUAGUGGCAAAACCGCAGUGGUUGGAGUUCUUUAUAAAUUAGGUGAACCUGAUGAAUUCCUCACAAAGCUACUAAAUGGAAUAAAAGGAGUAGGAAAAAAAGAGAUGAAUCUAGGAAUUGUGGAUCCUCGAGAUAUUAGAUUUGAAACCAACAACUUCUAUAGAUACAUUGGCUCUCUCACUAUUCCUCCAUGCACCGAAGGCGUUAUUUGGACUGUCGAGAAAAGGGUAUUGUGA